AGGAAGCGGGGUUUACCCCCCCAGGUCUGGUUCAGAAUGGGGUCGUUUGCUGCAGCUAGUGGGCGGCUGUUCCGACGGCUCGGAGCGCUCAGCGGGGCUGCAGCGGUCGGGGCGGCUGCCUAUGGGGCCCAUGGUUUCCGUCGUAGCGACCGGGAUGACUACUUGAAGGAGCUCUACGAGACGGCCAAUAAGUACCACUUCCUCCACAGCCUGGCGCUGUUGGCUGUGCCCCAUUGCCGGUACCCUAUGAUGGCUGGGAGCCUCCUCUCCUUGGGCAUGGGGAUGUUCUCUGGGGCCCUGUAUUACCACGCGGUCACGGGAAACCCCACCCUCACCAAAGCGGCCCCCUACGGCGGGACCCUCCUCAUCCUUGGAUGGGUUGCCCUGGCUCCCUGACCUCUCUGGGGAGGAACCAGGAAUGGAAGGAUAACAGAGCACCCUCUUGAAGAGUAGGGAGGGGGUGUUGACACAUCCUCGGAUCUGGCCCCAUCCUGGCGCUGCUGGCCUCUUUCAUUCCUUGCACCUGAAAUCCUGCACAGAACUUGAACCCGUGAGAGCCGUAAUCACGUUGAUCAAACGAGGCGUUUCUAUUCGAGAGGAAAUCAUUGUGGGUGGGGGUUGGAAUCAUGUCCUGGAAGGUGUAUAGAUUCUGACGGACUCUUGAGGCAUGCUUUUAAAUCAGAGUUGGUUCCGCUAAUUAAUAAACGAGCCUCCUUUUGACCUC